CGACUCGUCACGUGAUCAAAACAUUGCCUCAUCACGGAAGUGGCAUUAGUUUAGCGGCUAACACUGGUAGCAAACGACCUUUAAUCUCAGACUUUACCGGACUAAUACGUCCUUGACAACCAUCCUGAUCGAUAAAGGUAACUAUGCCACAGAAAGAUCCGUGUCAGAAGCAAGCAUGUGCGAUCCAACACUGUUUACAAGCUAACAAAUACGUGGAGAGCAUGUGUGAGGAUGUGAUCAGGGAUAUGAGGCGGUGCUGCAAGAUUCAUGCUGGAAACUCCAUCUGCUGCUCCGGGUUCAAGGACUCCAGACCUCCGGAGAACAAAAAGUGACACAUAGCAGCCUUUGGUAUGCUUUUGAUGGGGAUAGUGGAGGAGAGAACAUUGUAUCAAUGUGCCAUUGAAUGUAAAAGUGCACUUACAUUACCUUUUAUUAUCUAAAUUAUCCUUUAAUUUCUUCUUUUAGCAGAAAGACAUAUAAGAACCAUGGAGCUGGCAAACUAACAGAAACCAUUAUUAAUGUUGUUAAUGUUAAAAUGUCACAACUCUCUGGUGCAACAUAAAGUGGAACAUUAUAAUGUAAGCUGGCAAAUGUUGUAUUUAUUAAAUGGAAAUGUUUUCUGUG